AUGACUCUUAACGUUGGUAUUGUCGGAACUGGUAUUUUCGCUACAGACAACCAUUUGCCUGUGAUCAAGGAGAUCUCGAACUUGAAGCCAUAUGCUGCUUUCAACAGAACAGAGUCCAAGGCUCAGGCAUUCGCUGAAAAGGCUGGCAUUGACAAGAAAGAUGUUUAUCAGAACGUUGAGGACCUCUUAGACAACAAGAGUGUCGACUUUGUGGACGCUUUGUUGCCAGUUCAGUCCAACUUGGACUUGGUUCAAAAGGCAAUCAAGUUCAACAAGCCAAUUGUGUUUGAGAAGCCAAUUGCUGCAAACUUACAGCAGGCUAAGGAGAUUGUUAAGAUUUCUGAGUCUACUGAUCUUCCUAUUGGUAUCUUGGAGCAGUGGGCGUUCUUGAGUGCCAUUGACAAGAUUCACGACCUUCUUCCAAAGAUUGGCGAUGUUGUAUCUUUCAUUUACAAGUCGACUGGUCCAUGGAAUGAAGAGAACAAGUACUUGGCAACUGGCUGGAGACAGAAGCCUGAGCACAUUGGUGGAUUUUUGAGUGACGGUGGUGUUCACCAGUUGGCUUUGCUUACUGAAGUAUUGGGUGAGGUUGACUCUGUGAGCGGCCACACUAAGCAAAUCAGAGAGGAGAGUGGUGCUCAUGAUAUCUUGUUCUCCACUUUCAAGUUGAAGUCUGGUGCAAUUGGUAACUUUACUUACGGUUCUGCCUUCGGUGCUACUGAGAAGUCCACUAGCUUUACUAUUUAUGGUACCAACGGUUCUAUCGUGUACGACUUUUCCCCUGCCUUGAAGAAGCCUACUAUCACUUACCAAACUGGCCCAAGUGCUCAGCAGGCUUCUGACAAGAACGUUAUCGAGAUCGAUGAGGUCAAUGCUAUCAAGAAGGAAUUUGAGAACUUUGCAGAGGCUGUCGAGAAGAAGGACAAGUCCAUUGUCAGAGUUUAUCCUAGAAAGGCUUUCCACCACUUGGCUGUUAUCGCUGCUGCUCUUGAUUCGUCUGACAAGGAUGGUGCUUCUAUUAAGGUUGAGCAGCCAUAA